AUGUUUUUCACAGAAGUCUUGUCUUUCCAGGCAUCAGAGGACCCACAAAGCCCUCGAGGUGUAUUAGGGUUCCUCCUGCAGAAAUGUUCUACGUGGGUCAUAUUUUGCCGUACAUCUUCUCAGAAUGAAAAAGGAAUGGAUAUGAAAGUUGAGGUCAAAGAGGAAGAAGAGGAGAGGUAUGGGAUGAAUUAUCAGCAGACUAUGGAGAAGGUUGAGAUGACGACGACAACUAAACAGGAGGAAUCUUCCAGUGGAGACCUCGGGGAGAAUGCUGUUAAAGAAGAGAUUAAAAAGGAGGAUGAGGAGUACGGAGUGGUGACGGAACCUUCUGAAGGACACUCGGAGAGUGGAAACCUCAUGAAGAAUAAUAAUGUUAAAGAAGAGUGUAAAGAGGAGGAUGAGGAGUACGGUGUGAUGGAGAUUUCUGAAGCACACAAGGAACUCUACCAGGACCGUGAAGAAGAGGUAGAUAUAAAAGAUGAAGUGAAAGAGGAAGAAGAGGAGACGCAUGUGAUGGAUUAUCAGCAGAGUACGGAGGAGGUCGGGAUGAGGGCAGAGAUGAAACAGGAGGAACCUUCUCUAGAUACCAUCACAGUCCAUGGACGGGACGUCGUGAAGAUCUCGGAGGAUUGUAUCAUGUUGUCUUCAGAAGAUGAGGACAUCACACAGUAUGGUCCAGGAGAAGACCAUAAUGUCCAUCAGGGGCCCCACAGUGCGGAUGGACCAUCGUAUUCCUCCAAUCCUGAGGGUCCUCAGACCGGGAGGGGCGGAGCCGCCCUUCCAACAGAUAGGAGGUUUUUCUGUCCUGAGUGCGGGAAAUAUUUUAGUCUGAAGUCCAGUCUUAACGAGCACAUGAGAUGCCACACUGGUUCUCUUUCAUAUUUCUGUACGGAGUGCGGACGGCGUUAUGCCACGUUACUGCAACUCGUCACGCAUGAGAAAGUUCACCGAGGUGAGAAGCCGUAUUCAUGUCCUACGUGUGGGAGAUGUUUCUUCACAAAAUCAGAUUUGGACAUUCACCAAUGCCUUAACACAGUGGAUAAACCAUUUUCCUGCCCUCAGUGCGGGAAAGGUUUUUCACGGAAGUACAGUCUUAAGAUACAUCGAAGAUCUCACACAGGCCAGAAAACGUAUACCUGCUCGGAGUGCGGGAAGUGUUAUUUACGGAAAACUAACUUUAUUAAACAUCAAAAAUUUCAUACAGGUUUCCUGGUUGAUUUUGGUCCUCCAGAGAGAUGUCCCCGCCCUCUGUAUUCCCGGGAUUCCGCACGGGAAGAUCACAUGUCUGCACAUGAUCAGGUUGGUGGGACGGACCAUCUAGAACAUGAAGGUGACCCAACACUCCGACAUAUGAAGGAGAUGGGUGACACCUACAUGAUGAGACUUUCUGCCGUUCUAGUAGGGCGGGGACUGAAAGCUCACAGUGUUUUAAUACAGCCCACCUUGUCCCCCGUCUCCCACUUCAUCACUACUCACACCGCCUGCUCCCCAACCAUCUUCGGCUUUGAAACCUUUGCACAGAAAGUGAUGAUGGUCCAUGGACGGGACGUCGUGAAGAUCUCGGAGGAUUGUAUCAUGUUGUCUUCAGAAGAUGAGGACAUCACACAGUAUGGUCCAGGAGAAGACCAUAAUGUCCAUCAGGGGCCCCACAGUGCGGAUGGACCAUCGUAUUCCUCCAAUCCUGAGGGUCCUCAGACCGGGAGGGGCGGAGCCGCCCUUCCAACAGAUAGGAGGUUUUUCUGUCCUGAGUGCGGGAAAUAUUUUAGUCUGAAGUCCAGUCUUAACGAGCACAUGAGAUGCCACACUGGUUCUCUUUCAUAUUUCUGUACGGAGUGCGGACGGCGUUAUGCCACGUUACUGCAACUCGUCACGCAUGAGAAAGUUCACCGAGGUGAGAAGCCGUAUUCAUGUCCUACGUGUGGGAGAUGUUUCUUCACAAAAUCAGAUUUGGACAUUCACCAAUGCCUUAACACAGUGGAUAAACCAUUUUCCUGCCCUCAGUGCGGGAAAGGUUUUUCACGGAAGUACAGUCUUAAGAUACAUCGAAGAUCUCACACAGGCCAGAAAACGUAUACCUGCUCGGAGUGCGGGAAGUGUUAUUUACGGAAAACUAACUUUAUUAAACAUCAAAAAUUUCAUACAGGUGAGAUCCCUCAGAGUUGA